GCCUCUCUGCUCGCCAUGGCCACCACAUCGGCGCGGGCGCACGGCGGCCACCACCAGCCGCCGCCGCAACCCCACGGGCUGCGAUACGAGCCGCUGCGCCGCAUGCAGGGCCUGGACCUGAAGUCCGCCCUCCGUGCCAGCAGCCCGCGCGCGUCCACCUUGGCCACGGCCGCGCUCCUCGUCCCGCUCGGCGCCGCGCUGCUGGGUGCCUCGGGGCUCGCCCUGGCGGCGACCCUGGCGGGGCUCCCUCUCGCCGCGCCGCUCCUCGUGCUCUUCAGCCCGGUGAUCGUGCCCGCCGCGCUGGCCGCGGCGCUCGCCGUGUCGGGCUUCAUGGCAUCGGGCGGGCUUGGUGUCGCGGGCGUCUCGGCGCUCGCGUGGGCCGCCAGGUACGUAUGGCGGGGAGGCGGAGGCGGCGGCAGCGGCGGCGGGCUCACCGGGAUGGUGGUGCAGCCCCUGGACCACGGGGAGAAGCGGCGCGGCGCGGAAGGUCCCGCGGCGUUCGUCGGCCACCGGCCCCGGGACAUCGACGUCGCUUAGGCGCGCGGGCGGCGUGUGCACGUUGUUGGUCUGAUAUUUUGUUUUUUUGUUUUGUUGUUGGUCUGAUUUGGAUAUGCGUGAUGCAUUACUCUAUCAUGUUGUAUUCUAGCACGGAUCAUAUAUGAUGUAAAUGUCGUUUUAAUUCAUAGCUGGAAUAAAAGCGGAU